UCAGAGAUCGAGCGACUGCAGACAGGCGUACGGACAGGAGCGGGCAAGAGUGAAGAGAGGAAGAUGGCUGACGUGACAAAGGACAAGGCCAUUAAACUUACUGUCCGUGUCCUUGUCCCCGUCCGUGAUCACCCUAAGUUCAACUUCGUGGGGAAGCUGCUGGGACCGAAGGGCAACUCCCUGAAGAGGCUGCAGGAGGAGACGAUGACCAAGAUGGCUAUCCUCGGGAGGGGCUCCAUGAGAGACAAGCAGAAGGAGGAGGAGCUACGUGUAUCAGGCGACCCCAAGUUCAAUCACCUGAGUGAGGACCUACAUGUAGAGGUGACAGCUGUGGCGCCGCCCGCGGAGGCCCACGCCCGUAUCGCUUACGCCCUCACAGAGAUCCGCCGCUACCUGGUGCCGGACUACAACGAUGAGAUCCGUCAGGGACAGAUGAGGGAGAUGCAACUACUGGUGGGGACCCACUCCUCUCCCCUCGCCAACAACAAUAAUAACAACAACGGCACGACCUGUGGGUCUGAAGAGGGGUCGUGUUCCCCUCAGUCAUCUGGCUCUCCCCCUCCCCCGAGCGUGGGUGGAGGGCGUGGGACGGCUGUAAGGGGCUCAGGGCUCAGUCUAGCCUCCCCUCACCCAGCCCUCAGGGGACUCAACAGAGCCCAGGCCGCCCUGCUGACCUGUGUGCCACACUCUCCCCCGUCAGCGCCUGCUGCAGGUAAGGGAGAGCUGGUAAAGACUCGUGGCAGCGCUGCUGGAGGCGCCGGAGGAGGAGGAAGGAGGUCAGUACUCUCCCUCCUGACGAGAGCCAGAGCCAUGCAACAGAAGGAACAGGAACUGAUGGAUGUCUACCACGAGCUCCCCGGUUAUGGCUUAUAUGACCACCUGACGGAACUGCCUCUCUCUGAAGCAGGUGCUGAGGAAGUGACAGGUCGCGGAGGUGGCGGGGCCUUGAAGGUGAGCAGUCCAGGGGAACGAGCAAGGUUCCGCCAUGACCCCUACCCACGCGUUCCCUCCUCCACCUAAACACCAGGUCGAGCCAUGCUUGAAACAGCCAACGGUCAUCUGCGCGGCGUAUAACGGUCAUCUGCGCGCGCAUAACUGCCACAUGCGCGCGCACAUACGAAGGUAGAGGACGUCUUUUGUUUCUUUGUGGUUCAACGGGGCCAGGAAGUCAACUGCUCCUGACGAAAGCUACGUCACAGGUACAGGAGAUAGAUAAUUUCCUCGUAAGCUCUUGUAUAUAAACAGGAGUUUCUUCAGAACGCAAGAAUUCUUGGAGGAUACUUUAGGACCCUCUGGUGGAAGUGCAAAUUUUCUGCGAUUUGUAGCUGGAAAAGAAGGUGUCCUUGAUCUGAGUGAUGGGUGUGUGUUAUGUCAACGGUGUACUAAUGAUUGUAAGAGAGAAAUACAAGGAUUUGAUGUCAAGUUAUCGAAGUUGUGAAGCCUCCCAGCAAUCCAAACUCGGCAAAUAAAUAAAAGGUCAAUGGACGCAUCCAUUGGACGUGAAAACCACCAGCUUAUAUACUAAACUUUUUCAAGCUUUAUAUUACCCCUAGCCAGUAAUGACAUUAUACUUUAAGAUAACAAGGUCACCGAUUUUUUAAAGUAUUUGAUUAUGAUUAAGUCUUUCUCGAAGUCUUGUAUUUAUCUUGAUCAAGAUAACGGUUCAAGUUGCAAUUGGUCUUUGAGUGUGUGCAAGUGCAGAUGUCACGGCCUACGGCAACAGACAGGAGGUUGGAUAGUUUCAUAAAGAUUUGUGCAAUAGUUAAACGGGUUUAAAUUGUGUGCAUUUGAUUUCUAACUUUUCAUUUUGAUCGUUAUAUCUUUGAGUUCGAACUUAACUUCUUAGAGUUCGAUCCUGACCUCAGUGAGUUUAAUGUGAACUUCUGUGUGUUCGAUCUAAACUUCUUUGAGUACGAUCUUACCGCAUCUGAACUUCCUAUAUAGAACUUCAGUCAGCAGGAUUCUAUUUUGUUACAGUAGAAGUAUAACCUAUAAUUGUAGACGUCAGAACCGCUGCCGUUGAAGGAUCAGGGCUGCUGUAGAAGCCUGGCCUGCCUCCUGCACACUUCAAGAAGGUACUUGCACUUAUUCCGCAAUUGUAUAUAUACCUGAAGUGCAGACAGGUAUCCAAGUGAUGUAAGAGUCCUUGUGUCCUGUGUCCCUUCCUCUCCAUCCUUUUCUUUUCCAUAUAUCCUCCUCUUUAUUCCUUUCACGCUUUUCAAAUCCUACCUCCUUACAUCCUCCCCUACUAUCUCCCUCUCCAUCCCUUCAGUCCUUUAUCGGUACCCAUGAUUAGCGCCAAAUCUCUCCUUCCUGAAGAAUAUAUCUGAAGUUAAUUCUAUAAAACUUGCGAUGCAAUUCCUAACUGUAUGUAAGCAACUGUUAAAGUGAACUUCUUCAGAGCCCAAACAGUGUUCAUAGCCUCCUAUGCACCCUUUGGUAUUUUCGAGCAGAAGAUCAAGUGUUAUUUAUAUUCUCAUGCUGAAUUAUUCGUUUGUUCUGACAAGCCUUUAAAAAAAUCAGUUUCCCCUGAUACAUAGACCUGACAACGCUCCUCAUUACUCUAGUCAAGUAGUCAAUAAGGUUUUAUUAACACUACUUAUUUUUUUUCUGGCGGAAAGUGAUGUAUAGAAUUUUGUAAUUAUACACCACGUGUGUUGAAAUAGUUAUUUUUUGUGGCUAGUAAUUUAUAUUAGGUUUAUAGCACAGAAAUAUUAAAAUAUUUAAAUGACAGCAGACUCUAAAUAUAACAGAAUGUGAGAGAUGUAUAAUUAACUUUAUAUUAAGUAAUCCCUAAAUACUUAUUAUGAGUAUUAAUGCAUGUAUUAGGAAGUGUCCAGCAAGUAUAAUUCCUGAAAGAUGGUUUGCGAGCAGUGACACGUGUGUGCACUUAGCCUCAUAGAGUUGUGUUAAAAAUUUAAAUAAUAUUGUAUUAGGGGUGUCACAAAAACACUUUCUCAUAACAAAUAAUGAUGGUAAUUAUAAUUAAAGAGCUCAAGUAUUUAUUUUUUCUUUGACAGAUUAGAACCAUCCAAUCAGUAAUCUGAGCUUCACAAUACCUGAAACCUUGACGAUUCAGGAGUUACUCUAGAUCUAGAGAAACAUUCUCAUUGGCUGAUUGAGCCUAAACAUUUUCAAUAACCGUGCUCAUGAUUGGUUGAUUCUAUCUGAUGAUUAGCAUAAGUCGUAAUAGAUAAGCAAAAAAUUUUUUAAUACUUUGCUUAGAAUCACAGAAAUGCAGCACCGAGGGUGAACCUAAAGCUUGGAACUCCAAUUAUAAAGCAAAUGAAUAGUCCACGUAAUCACAGCAUUUAUAUAAUGUUUUCUGUUAUUUUAAGCAAAAAACAAAAUGAAACCGGUUUCUUUCUAUAAUUUAGACAAAAUGACAAUGUCUGUUGAAUUCACAACCUUGUGUAUUUCCCUUACCGUGUAGAAUUAAGUUGAGAAUUUUGCUGUUUCCGACCGUAAGUGUACUGGUCUUAACUCCUGUGUUCACUUGCGAAACAUAUAUAUCUUUCCUUAAUUAUGGAGGCUUUGUUUACGUUUACCCAGCAGUUCGUAAGCGCCGAAGCGCUAUGAGAUUGCCUAUAACAAUAUUAACCUUGGGUUGCGAAGCUUCCAAAGUCGUUAAUUGUUUAAUAAAUCUAAACUAAGUUGCCAUGGUCAAGGAAAGAUGUACAGGUUUCGUUAGUGGCUACGUAAAUUUCUGAUGUAUCUUGGGCACUUGCCACCAGAAUGAUUGAUGAAGAUUAAGCUACCCGUAAGUAUUGAGUUGCCCGUAAUUGCCGCUAGGCUGUUAGUGUUAUAGAUUCAGCUACUCGGAACAUAAGCUCCAAGGCGCACGGGUUAUGGUACGCCCGUAGUGAACUUGUGUACCGCCAGGCCUUCUUAGUCAAUUAUCAGUUCAACGUACUGCAAACACAAUCUUAUAUAUAAAUACGGGCUAAAAAGUCAUAUCGGUUAGCUGACUGUUGACGGAUCUGUUUUGGAGGCUUCCUGUCUACCAGUUCUUGUCUGGCUUAACGGUUUGUGGAUGGUAAUCAGACCUAUAAGUCUAGCAUGCUGCCUGGCGACUGUCAGGCAUUGCCUGUGCGUGGCGAUGGCUGUAAGACAUAUCUAUUAAAGAGUCUGACAGACGUAUAAAUGACCUGUCAAAUAGUCUAGUUGAAGACUAUGUAACAAAGACUCUUCUGAGUAGACCCUGACAAUAACCUUCUACAAGUUACUUAUUCCCUUCCCUUUCAUUAAUUGGUAUAUUUUGACGGCUCACCCCCUUCGCCUGUCUCAAUGUACACGAACGCUCCCUGGAUUGAUUGUGGUGGAUGGUAUACACGAACGCUCCCUGGAGUUAUUGAGGUGGAUGGUAUACACGAACGCUCCCUGGAGUUAUUGAGGUGGAUGGUAUACACGAACGCUCCCUGGAUUGAUUGUGGUGGAUGGUAUACACGAACGCUCCCUGGAUUGAUUGUGGUGGAUCGAAUACACUAACGCUCCCUGGAGUUAUAGUGGUGGAUGGAAUACACGAACGCUCCCUGGAUUGAUUGUGGUGGAUGGUAUACACGAACGCUCCCUGGAUUGAUUGUGGUGGAUGGUAUACACGAACGCUCCCUAGAGUUAAAGUAGUGGAUGGAAUAGACGAACGACUGACCAAAACAGCGGCCCAAUAUGUGUUUUGUAGCCAUGUAGUAAUAGGUUUAUAUUAUAACAACAAAUAUAUAGAUGGCUUUUGUAUAUACAAAAUGAUAAGGAGAUAUAAUAUAUAUAUAUAUAUAUAUAUAAACACACAAAUAUAUAUUUAAUAAAAUAUUCGAAAUAAAAAUAAUGUCAAGCUUUUAAUCAAAAUACUAGCCUAUAUAUAUAGAGCUAAAAUGACACGCAUGCCUUUCUCUUAUUUGAAUAUAUGGCCUCUACCGGCUAGUCAUAUAGGGUUCAAUGUACCUUACCACGGACAGACUCAGCUCUUAUUUAUCACGCAAUUCCUUGUGCGAACACCUGAUAAUUAUUUUUUUGUAAUUUUCGUGAAUGUUUGGUAGCCUCUGACAACUGUGGGAUCUUAGCGACGGUUAAUUUAUUUCAUAUAAGCAGUUGUUUUUAAAAGAUUUGGAAUCUGAACCUAUUUGAAAGUUUUCCUGCUUAUUUUUUCUAUUCUUAUUUUUAUUCAAGUUUGUUUCAUUAACUCUUUGCUAUUUAGUAUCUGGGAUAUUACCCUGUGUAUCGCUGUGGCCUGACCACGUAUUUUCACGUAUAAUUUCAAAUUAGUUUGUCUUGGAACAUAAUAUUUAUGUCAGCCUACAGCAAACUAUGUCAUUAUGUCGGAGGAGUAGAGCAAUGGAGUCUUUUUUUCCAAAGUAAAGUGCGGGAUCUGAAUACCUCAACCCACGAAUUACAUAUCAUCUAUAACUUUUCAGAGAAUAGUACGGGGGUCUAUACCUGUGCCAUGUGACAAUAUACGGUGGACUCUAAUAGCAUUAUCUUGUCAUUUAUCACAUUUCUCAAAGAGGAAUAAGCAGUUGUAGAGGUUUAAAUCAUUUAUUCAACCUUUCAGAUUAGAUGAUAUAGAGAAUUUAACCCCUUAACCUACAUAAUAUAGUCAACACUUUAUCCUUCUUUGCAUGCAAUAGAUAAUCACACUGCUUGCGUAUAGAGGGUUCAAUUGUUUAUCUUAGCAGAUUGAAGGAAUGAGAAUGUGAAUACGUUUAAUGAGUUAUCAGUCCCUAAACUUACACCAACCCCCACCCCACAUGUUUCGACCUCAGACACAACACUAAUACAAUCCUUAAAAUAAUACAAUACUAAAACAAUACAAUGCUGAAAUAAUACAAUACUUUAAAUGCACCAUUUUAAGUGUUAUUUUUUUUAUUUCUGACAUGCACGGGUGUAUUAUAUACGUUUCAAUUCAUGUUUUAUCUUCUUUGUUUGAUUAUUCUCUUUUGUUGCUAUAUCCCUCUUCUCUUCUUUAUCUACAACAUUCUUCUCAUUUAUCUAAAUAUUGUUUUCUUCUUUAUCCAAAUAAAUUUUUUCUUCCCUAUCCAAAUUAUUUUUCUCUUUAUCCAUAUCAUUAUUCUCUUAUAUAUA